GUAUAUUCCCUAGUCGAUCACUUCUGAACUAACACAGACCACGAUGAAUUCGCUGGUGGUGUUGCUUUCUUUGAUGGCGCUAGCCGCCGCCAAGCCUAGUGAACUCAAAUCUGGUAUAGUGAACUACGCUGCUCCCGCCGUAGUGGUGGCUCCAGCAGCGGUUUCACACCAGUCUCGGGUUGAUAUCAAAUCAUCACCAGCUAUAGUUGCUACUGAAUCAGUAGCACCAUUAACUCGUGCCGUUAUCGCUGAACCUGCAAUUGUUGGAGCUCCUGCAUUCGCAGCACCGAUUGCCUACGCUUCACCUGCUGUAUAUGCUGCACCAGCCACGUUCGCAGCACCUGCUGCGUAUGCUGCUCCAUUGGCUAUUGGCACCCCCGCUGCUGUAUCAUCUCAGUCCCGUGUCGAUAUCAAAUCGUCUCCAGCUAUUAUCGACACUUUUGCCGCUGCACCUGUUUUCAACUCAAUUGGCAGCAUUCCAGUCGCAUACAGCGCGCCUAUUGCUACUACCUACACUUCAUCGAUCUACUCACCAGCUAUCGCUCCCACCGUGCCAAUUUUAAAAUCUGCUGACAUCGAGUCUUUGCCAUCUGUUGAUGCCGCUGCGUUACCCGUAGCUCCUACUGAAACACCUGAAGUAGCCGCUGCUCGCGCAGCUCACCUUGAAGCCAAGGCUCUUGAGGAGCAUAAAAUCCAGAAACGUUCUCCUGGAUACUUAGCCGGGGCGCAAGCAGUAUCCGCAUACUCAACCGCCCCAGUCAUAUCCGGCUACGCGGGCCACUUCGUGUACCCAGCAACUUUAACUCGUACAGGAGCACCUAUUGCUCUAUCAGCACCAGUCCUCACUAGCGCUUAUGGAAUCCAUUCUUACUAAGCGCCAUCAUUGAAGAGAUGAGAAGAGUCCUCGGUUCAGUUGUGAAGAUGGAUUAAUUAAACUUUAAUCUGAAAUAAA